AUGCAGGGAGUCGGCGAAGAAAGUGCAAAGGAGAAGAAGCGAAAAGCAGAACUUGAAGAUAGCGGCAGUGACGGUUGUCUGAGCGUUAAGAAGACGAAGAAGAGGAAAAAGAAAACACACAAGGUUGAGAUUGGCGAUGAAGUUUGUGGGAUGGAUGAAACUGCUACUGGUGAUGAAGGUUUGGUGGAAGCGGAUGUUGAGAAUAAACCAGGGCGACUGGAUGGAACAUGUAUUGAAAAAGACGUGAAGUCAACAGAGGACAGCAGCAAGAAGAAGAAAAGGGGCAAGAAUAAAACCAGAGAGGAUAGUAGCAUGAGAAAGAAGAAGAAGAAGAAAGACAAGAAGAAAGUAAGUGAUAUCGAGGCAAGUGAGAGCUCCAAGAAAGACAAGACAAGUGAAGCAGAUCAAAGGGAUGACACGCCUGUGGAAAGCACUGAUG